AUGACGGUGACCAACAUCUACAUCAUGGAAGUCAUCACCCAUGUUAGCCGACUAAAUCUCCAGAUAGGCACAGAUGUUCAUAAAUACGUCACUCGGCAGGCAGACAACUAUGUACUCCCAAGGCACAGGACUGCAAUCUUCGAAGAUAAACCUUCAUACGUGGGCAGAAAACUGUGGAAUCACCUACCGGAGAAGAUAAAGAGGCUGGAUUGUGUGACAUUGAAAAAAAGACUUAGUGAGUUUCUCAAAGGAAGGCCCAUGAUAAAUGGUCUGAAGCCCAAAAAUAACAGCAUCGACCUGAAAUGUUGGCAGGAUUACUUGCAGAAAUGCUACCCGCCGAGAACUGACUGCACAACGUGGGAUGUUCUCGACGUAUUGCAUCCAUUCUUUGAUGCCCCUUUUUCUCUAGUUCUUCAGGACUUCUAUCGCAAGGCUACUGUGAGAAUGAGUGCUGCUAGUGGCUAUACAGAGGAGGUUCCAAUAGCACAAGGAGUGAUGCAGGGUGACACUAUCUCACCGAUCCUGUUUGCAAUUUUUAUCAAUGAUAUGGAAGACUAUUUUGUGAAGAAAGAGUGUAAUUAUGUCAGCAUCAAUGAGAGGGCGGGCUUGAAUCUCCUGUCAUAUGCUGAUGACUCUGUUCUGUUAUCCAACACCCGAGUAGAUGCACAAAAGAAAUUGAACGUUCUGCAGGAGUACUGUCAUCUAAACAAACUUGUUGUUAACGUAUCAAAGACGAAGGUAUUGAUAUUCAAGAAAAGUCAUGGUAGAGCAAGGAGAGAAACACUUUACUACGAAAAUAAUCCUUUGGAAACUGUCAGCACAAUCAGGUACCUGGGUGUAGUAUUCUCAAACUCUGGUCUUUUCCACCAGGCUGCCAAAGACAUGAAACGUAAAGCAGCAUCAGCAUCUGGAUGUGUCCAGAGAAUAGUAGUGGAUUCCCGUUGUUCGGCCUCAUGGAGUUCGAGAGCAAAAUUGUUUGAUGCUAUGGUAAGAUCUGUACUAUUAUACAGCAGUGAAUUAUGGGCGCUUAGAUACUGGCAACAGCUGGAGGUCAUUCAGACAAAGUUCAUCAAGUCAUCUUUCUAUUGGCCAAUCAGAACACCAGGCUAUGUUGUAAGACUGGAAACAGGACGUCAUCAUCUUGUCUACAAUAUUUUCAAAUCAGCAUUCAACUGGUGGCUUAGAAUCCUGAAUAUGUGCGACAACAGAGCACCAAAGAUGUGCUUCAGAAGACUACUUGCAACUGAUGCAAAUGAGAAUAAAAAGUACAAUUGGGCUUCACAGAUGAAGGAAUUCUUUGAGGACAUAGGCUACGGUCACAUAUGGGCACAACAAGACGGGCAAGUGGCAAAGGUUCAUAAAACAGAAAUAUUCAAGUCUUUUCGUCAGAAAUUGUAUAAUUUGGAUGCGGCUGCAGCAAUCAAUUCACCUCUUCGUGUGGCCUACCAUCAGUUCACAACCUACGACAUCGCUCCAUAUCUUGAAUCCAACUUACCACAUUAUAAAGUUAGACUGUUUAGCCAGAUAAGGAUUUCCAUGCAUACUGAAGCCAUCGUUAUCUGA